AUGGCAGUGGCCCGCAUCAACCGCGAGCUCGCUGCGGUCGACUUGACCUGUGAGCGAGAGUCGCGUAUCAUAGCUGUCUGUGCGGCGUCAAAGGAUGAGUGGCUGGCAUAUCUGGAAAGCGUCGACUUCACGCGCUGUGAAUGGAUUAACGGCACGGUGUACUACGCGAGGCCACCAAGGAAAGAAGACGAGCGCCUCGCCCAUGAGUUUAUGUAUUUUUUGUGGAGCCAACCCGGAUUUCGGGCGUAUAUGAAGAGCUUCACUUUCGAGACCACCACAAACCUGCCUGAGCUACCAGACUACGAACCCGACGGUCACUUUGGUCCUCGGGUGGCUACAGGAGCGAUCUGCCCACUUGGAAUUAAGUCCUAUGCGUCGUGGUUCACGCUUAUAGUGGAAGUCGGGAAAUCUCGAGGGUGGGGAGACGAGAAAGGAUUGCUCGACUGGAAGGCUCGGCAGUGGGCCACGAUCCCCGGAGUGCGCUUCGUUCUGUGUAUAGCGGUCACAGAGAGCUUGACGGUCGUGGAGUACAAGUUGCACAGGGUGGAGAGAGUCCCUACGACAAACCGAGCGCGCUCAUUGCCCAAUCUUGACCCCGUGCCUGUGGUUGGGCCUCACACAAUGGUGUCGUUUGACUCGCGCGAGCUGCUGCUGGGGCAAGAAUACCUCCAAUCGAAGGUGAGCAGUUCCCGGAUCGGACCAUUGACAUUGACCUUUAUGAGGUUGUUGAAAGCGUGCGUAGGUAAACUUUACGUGAGACUGCAGCUAAGUACUGCAUGGAACACGGAUAAAUGUUUACAGGAACGUAACAGCAUGAUACAAAAAAUGAAAGCAAACCACACGUACUGCAAUUCUCAUUAA